CCAUGUUAUUAGUGGCAAGUCUGAUUUGUAUUGUUUAUUCAAAGAGAUUUUUGACUCCAGUGGAGGAUCUACAAAAUACUCCAUAAUGUUAUGGCUCCAUAUUUGAUGCAGGAUCUUCUGGAACAAGAGUUUAUGUCUAUUAAUGGAGUUGUAGAGAAGAAUGGACAUUACCUAUGAUCAAUCUAACUGAAGCAGUAUAUUAUUUAUUCAAUUAUAAAAAGUCAAAUGACAAAAAAUAAGCACCUGGUCUUGCUUCAUUUGCUAACAAUUUAGAGGGAAUUUAUGCUUAUUUAGAACCUCUUAUUAACUUCACUUAUACUGUUGUUCCUGAAAACAUGUAUUAAUAUACUCCUAUAAUGCUUGGUGCCACAGCUGGAUUAAGAUAGUUGACUCAAAUUCAAUAGAAUGAAAUUAUAGCAACUGUAUAAGCAGUUUUCAGCAAAACAAAAUUCUAUUAUCAACCUGAAUGGGUUAGAGUUCUUACUGGAUAAGAAGAAGUAACAUUUAUAUCAAUUAUUUUAGGGUAUGUAUAUGUGGAUGUCUGUUUUCUAUUUACUUAAUUAAUAAGUUAAUUAAUUAUUGACUCUUGAUUUAGGUGGUGCAUCAACUCAAAAUGCAUUCCCAUAUAAUAGUACUGGUCCAGAUUUUGUUCUUUUGAAUGUUCGUCCAAAUGUGAGCGAUUUUUCAUUAUAUUCUGUCUCUUAUUUGGGUUAUGGUAAUGAUUAGGCUAGAUUGAGCAUUUUAAAGUAAUCUAUUCAGCAAGAUGAUAAUACUAUCUAUUCUCCUUGUUUUUAAAGCGGAUAUACUGGUGAUACAAUUAUUGAUGGAAAAACAUACAAAAUUUAAGGUGUAGGAAAUCUAUAACUUUGCUAAAAUCUUAUAUCAUAAUUUUUAAAUACUACUGAUAGUACUAGCAUUAAUUAAAGUUAUGAACCUCCUGUGACUAUUUAAACAGUUUAUGGAACUAAUGGUAUUGUUACCAUGGCUAAAUUCUUUAAUCUAACUACUUUUAAUAAAGAGAGUUAUUUGAAUAAAUUAUAGAGUUUCACUAAUCUAGAUUGGGAUUAAGCUGUAAAAACAUAUCCAGAUAAUGUUUAUUUAAGUAAUUUAUAUUUUAUGGGAACAUAUGUCUAUUAGUUGAUCUAUACUGGAUAUAAUAUCCCGAGUACUUCAAUAAUAUAAGCUCCUGAAGAUAUUAAUGGAAUAAGUCCUAGUUGGACUUUAGCUGCCUGUUCUUAUCAAUUAGCUUAAAUUAAUUGUACCGAUGAUAGUCCUGUAUGCCAAUUCAAUGCUUAUUCAUCUACAUUAAUGAUGUUCUGGGUAUUUGUCUUGGGAUUCAUUAUUUGAC